UUCAGUUGGCCUGAAUUGUCGUAAAGAUGUCGUAACCAUUGGUCGUAACCUGGUCGUAACCGGGAGAUUCAGAGUGCUUUCGGCCAUACAAACACAUUUCGUGUAUGAAUUCAACAUUUGUGCAUAGAUUUCUCAAUUAACCUCUAUUUACUGCGGGAAAAUACGUGAUCAUAAAGAGAAUGGCGACCAUAAAGCGUGAACGUGAAAUCGACGAAGACGACGAUGAAGUACCUGUAAAAGUGGGUCGAGGGCAUGAUGUCGAGGACAAGAGGAGUCGCCACUGCCCCUACCUUGACACCAUCAACAGGAGUGUUUUGGACUUUGACUUUGAGAAGCUGUGCUCCAUUUCGUUGUCCCACAUAAAUGUGUAUGCUUGUCUUGUUUGUGGGAAGUAUUUUCAGGGGAGAGGACAGAAGUCUCACGCCUACACACACAGUGUACAGUUCACUCACCAUGUAUUCCUUAAUCUGCACACACUUAAAUUCUACUGUCUGCCUGACAAUUACGAGAUCAUUGACUCCUCGCUAGAGGAUAUCACGUACGUGCUGAAGCCCACAUUUACUCGUCAGCAUAUUAGCGGACUGGACAAGCAGGGCCGUCUCUACCGUGCCUAUGAUGGCACCACUUAUCUGCCUGGCAUCGUGGGGCUCAACAACAUCAAAGCCAAUGACUAUGCCAAUGCAGUGCUGCAGGCCCUGUCUAAUGUACCUCCCCUGAGGAACUACUUCCUGGAGGAGGAGAACUACCGUGGGAUUCGCCGGCCUCCGGGUGACAUCAUGUUCCUGCUGGUGCAGCGCUUUGGGGAGCUGAUGAGGAAGCUGUGGAACCCGCGCAACUUCAAGGCCCACGUCUCGCCCCACGAGAUGCUGCAGGCUGUGGUGCUCUGCUCCAAGAAGAACUUCCAGAUCACCAAACAGGGGGAUUCUGUGGACUUCCUGUCUUGGUUCCUCAAUGCUCUACAUGGUGCUUUGGGUGGCACCAAGAAGAAACCAUCCAUCAUCACAAAAGUGUUCCAGGGCUCCAUGCGGAUCUUCUCUAAGAAACUGCCUCAUCCUGACCUGCCCCCAGAGGAGAAGGAGGCCCUCCUGCUGACGGAGGACUACCAGGAGGUGAUGAGCGAGGCUCCCUUCCUCUACCUGACCCUGGACCUCCCCACUGCGCCGCUCUACAAGGACGAGAAAGAGCAGCUCAUCAUCCCACAGGUCCCCCUCUUCAACAUCCUCACCAAGUUCAACGGCAACACAGAGAAGGAGUAUAAGACGUACAAGGAGAAUUUCCUGAAGCGUUUCCAGCUGCUACGGCUGCCCCCAUACCUCAUCUUCUACAUCAAGAGGUUCACCAAGAACAACUUCUUUGUGGAGAAGAACCCCACCAUUGUGAACUUCCCCAUCACGAGUGUGGACCUGCGUGAGUAUUUGACAGAAGAGGCCCAGGCUACAGAGAAACAUACCACCUAUGACCUAAUAGCCAACGUGGUGCAUGAUGGGAAACCGACAGAAGGAUCCUACAGGAUCCACGUUUUACAUCAUGGCACUGGGAAAUGGUAUGAGCUGCAGGAUCUACAGGUUACAGAUAUUCUUCCCCAGAUGAUCACGUUGUCUGAGGCGUAUAUACAGAUCUGGAAGAGAAGACAGAGUGAAGAGGAGGAAGACAGUCACACAGGAGCCUGAGAGUAUUUUAUCAUGCUUGCUGUGUGUAUGCUAAAAGAAAUUGACUUUUUUUUUUUUUUUUUUAUAUAUACAUACAUGUUUUACUUUUAAACCUGAAACUCUUGUUUUGAGCUCUGGUGGCUGUUAUUGUAGCAGAUAAAAUCGGCUUACAAGCUUAUUGAAUGAAAAACAAAGGGCAAGUAAUACUUUGGUCUGAGGAAUGCUGCCCAACAAUGCUAUCUGAAUAUCUACCUGCUGAGUCAUGGAAUAAAAUGACUACAAACAUUUCA